AUGAGCAGUUCAAGCGUUUACGAGCCAGAUGAAGACGAAGAAGCGUCUGAUUCCGAUAUCGAAUCCAGAUACUCAGGCACUAAAUUCUCAGCCUCGUCUCUUCCAAUCGACGACUUUGAACGUCUCGGUUCGACAGAGCCCGAGGACGAAGACACUCCGGAGGUAAUACCCAGAGCGACAAGAGGGACACGGGCUCAGAUACUGGAUACCCUACGCACAUCACUCGGAAUAGGAUGUGUGGAUGCAUACUCCGUUGAACUUGCAGGAACAGCAAACAAUACUUCGUCUUCCGCUGUCGGCCGCGAGAAUUACAAUCCCACUCAAAAUGGCGUCGCAAUCUGGACUUCACAAGAGAAGGAGAUUCUGUUCAGCAUGCUCGACAGAAAAGGGGCAAACGGCGUCGCGGAAAUUGCACAAGCGAUUGGCUCAAAAUCGGAGUUAGAAGUUCAGGAGCAUCUGAAGCUCCUACACAGAGGUCUGGAACGGCAACACGUCCGAGAUUCCCACAGCAGGACCAUCGUCCUCGGCGAAGUUCCAGCAGCACUGGAGAUUAGCCAAGAAUGUUGCAAGGCACUUGAUGAUUACGCCGAACUAUUGGCUCUUGAAGAACAGCGGGCUGAAGAUGUUGUUGGGAGGAAGUUACAUCAGAACGUGUGGAUUGUCGACCGAGAAGUCGCAGAAAUGGUAGAGGAACAGUUGGAGGAACGAGAUGAGACACCUCUACCUGGCUCAAGCGUAUAUGUCACUGCCGAGAUUUUCAACAUCAAUAAGUGGAUCAGACUAUCUGAAAGGUUCUUCAUGAACGCCGGUGGUCCAAGGUUAGAGGACAACUGGGUCAACGUCGCCUGUGCUGACGAGACCCCUUCCAUAACAGCGGACGCUCUUGCGGAUUUCUACGCUCUGGCCGUAAGCGUGACUCGCCGUCUGGUACAUUCCACCCUGUUCUUCGCCAUGUCAAGACUACGGAACAUGAGGGAGACCGGAAACCGCAAGGCACGAAUAGUGAGAUCGCGUGAUGUGAAGACUGCACUGAAUGUGCUCAACAUGCCUCAGGAUCGCUUCGACUUUUGGGUUGGGUUAGCCCGGAGGUGCAGCUUGCAAGUUGCAGACCUCCGCCACAAGAAAGGAUGGCAGUCGGAGCUUAUGGAUUACGACGAAGUGGAAGAUAUUCUUUCAGGAAAAGUUCCGGUCGACGAAUCCCUUGAUGCAAGAAGCGCUUCCAGGCGAAGAUCUGAGAGUCACGCUCCGCACGACACAGUUGAAGAAGAUGAUGAUGACGUAUCUGACGUCUAUUCCUAUGCUUCAUCCAUAUUGUCAUCGCCUGAGAUGACACCUAUCGAUGAGCCGUCAGUUAAUCUCGAAGAGGAACACGCAGAAGAGAUCGACCAGCUGAACAAUGCCUCAGAAGAAAUGCGGCUUUGGAACUUGAUGGGGCAGCCAGCCCCAUCCGGAAUGUCGUCGUUGGCCUCCAACACGGAGCAAGGCUCCAAGUUGCGCAAGCCGAUUGGCGAGCGCAAGACGAAAGAAGACUUGGUCAAUUGGCGCGACCGGACUUUGUACCGAAGCGACUGGGAGGAAUACGGGCACGAGGUGCACGAUCUCUACGAAGACUUGUCAGAGAAUAGACGAAAAAGGAGACGUAUUGAGAGACACAUGGUCUCGCGAGGAUCGCCCGUCUCAGUAGCCAGCGACAGAGAUCAUGAAAUGAGUGGCAAUGAUGAUUCGCAGGGUCCAAGGCACCACGCUGUUAAGAACGACCUGAGAGCCGAUGAUGACCGAGACAGCGACGGUGCAAUACAAAUCGAAGAAACAAAUGAUGCAAUGGAUAUUGAAGGCUCCAUCCACGAGGAGACGGGUUCUGCAGGCAGCGGAGACUCCAAGAUGGAUGUGGAGACAAAUCCUCUCGAUCAAGGUCCAAGUCAGGAUUUCGACCAGGAGGGAAUGGAGUACGGUUCAAACGAAGAACCAGCUCCUGACUCCGAGUUGAGCGAUGGGGAACAAAAACAUCCUCCUUCGUCUUGGGAACCUGAAGUCGAUGCCACUGCGUCCGAGCAACAAGAUUCAGUCCCGACCAGCAAGGGGGUGGCCGUUGCAGUUGAUACAAGCGAACAGUUUGAUAUUGAAGUCGCGUACGACUCUGAUUCCGAUGCUACCUCUGGCGCGGAGAGCGGCUCUGAUCAGAAACAACAUCGUCCCGCGCAAAACCAAGGGGGUGUGCCUGUGAUUGAACUUGCAGGACCGAGUAUCAAACAUGAGAACUUACACUUUGAUCAUGAUAGCAACUCGGAGCCUGAGCAGGCGCCCUUUUCUGAUCCCCAGUCCGACGAGGGUAACGACGAUCUCGACUGGAAACCCUCCAUACACUCUCAAUUCGAAACUAAAAACGAAAGAAUACAUGCUAGUGAGGACACAGUGCCUGUUGUCAAAGAGGAGAACGUCAAAUUCAGCCAGAGCCAAGAUUCUGAGUCGGAGUAUGAGACCGACUCUCGAGUCGAAUCAGACGAGGAGGGCAAGCCGAGAGCACAUCUCCGGGCUCCCUCACAACCAGCAAUCAGACCUGAACGUCGACUGAGAGGCACCGAUUCGGAUUCAUACCUCGAUUCCGAUGACUCUGAUAGUGACGAGGGCUCGUCAACCCGUCCCCAGCGAGGAGUCAAGCUCGAACCCGACAUGCACAAGCAGUCUGCAUCAGGGGCGGAUUUAGAUUCAGAGUCGGGCUCAAGUUUCGAUGAUGACACGAAAGAUAAAGAUGAACGAUAUAAGAACGAAAAUGAAGACGAUGUGUCUUCCGGCUCGGAUGACGAUCUCCCAUACGAUCGAUAUCAGAAUCGAGAUGAUUCAUACUCGUCAUCGGAAGAUGGGGAUGAGAAGAGUAAUCUGCCUCUUCAUUCUCAGCCCAUGAGCCCGGUUGUUUGA